UUUGACAAACUUGUCAAAGAUGCUAGCUCGGAAAUUUAUUUUGUGUUGUUAAUUCCACAACUUAUUGCCAUCCCAAAAGACGCAGUUCCCAAUUCGACCUCAAACUCCCUUCGUCAGCUUCGGCAGAAAAUGUGCAUUGUUCGACGGUACAUUUCUGUAGUGCUUUCGUGUCACGGCUAAAUUUGUUCAGUUGGACCAAGGAACCAAUCCCCAUCCUGUACCUAUGUGCUGACGUCGAAGUUUCGCAACGCGUUUUGUUGUGCACGAAGGCCACGCAGUUUAAAUCUUUUGUGUUUCGCGUUUUUCUGCCCGGGAUUGCGAGCCAAAAAAGCGUGUCGUCAUCUUCCCCAAUGGUUGGCAUUCCACGGCAGCAGCAAAAGCAGCAGCACCAACCACGUAAACUACUGCCCACAACACAGCGAAUGCAGUGCAUCGUGCAGAACGUUGGAUAGCGCGGAUAGGAUAGGAAAGUGGGGUGGACGCACGUCCAACCAGCCUCAUCAUAAAAACAUAGUGUGCCGUGCCUUUGCUGUGAUCUUCUUUUCCGCUGUUCCGAAAUCUUUUGGUGUUUCCUUUGUCCAAAAUCGUGCAUCUCCUAUGUAGUUAUCAUAUGCUUCUAUGUGUACCGUUGGUUUGUGCUGCAGUCACCACCAUACAAAAGUGUUUGUUCCGAAAGUGAAAUCAGUGAUAAAAUUUAUGCAUGUCGCACUCUACCUGAGCAACAUCGGAAGCAGUUCGAUCUAAAAUAUAGUACACGCCUUAGCAACACCGCGUGUAGGAAGUGUUCCCUUGGUUUAGGUCGCUACACGCAUACGGUUUCAAUGAAUAGUUCCGCAGUGAUCCUCGGGCAGACGGGUGACCCAGGAACGGCCCUUGCGGGAGAGGGUAACACCGAAUGGCAAACGUUACACUGCAGCAAAGAUGCACUGACGGAUUUGUUCGGCUGGUUCCUGCAGGGCAUACUGGCCACUCUCGCCUUUACCUGCCUUAUCGCUAAACGCUUCUGUGAACCGCAGUACAAUCGACGCUCGUGGGAGACCUGGUGGUACGAUACAUCCAAGCAGGGUAUCGGUGCCUUGGUGAUCCAUAUGGCCAACGUUUACUUGGCCCCAUUAUUUCAAGGAGAUCCCUGCACUUGGUACAUUAUCAACUUCCUGUUGGACUCCACGAUCGGGUUGUUCAUUAUUUACAUCGGCAUUAAAACCUGUCAGUAUUUAGCGAGAAAAAAGAAAUGGGAUGCGAUCAACUUUGGUGAAUAUGGUGCCCCAAAAUCUUGGUUUUAUCAAACGUGUAUCUACGUGUGCCUGAUGGUGGUCGUUAAGCUUAUAACGACCCUAAUCAUUCAGUUCGACGUUUGGGACAACGUGAAAAAUUUUGUUUUAUCACCGUUCAAGGAUCCACGAAUAGAGCUAGCCGUCGUGAUGCUAGUCAUACCAUUCUUUGUCAAUAUUCUUAUCUUUUGGGUGACGGAUAACUUCCUGAUGAGACAUACGCGCAAAAAGCGCAACACAACGGCUAGCAGCUCACAUCACGCUCAUGGUCGCGAGCACAGUUUGCUACAAAAAGUAAAAUACAAAAUGAUACACAAAACCAAACCAAAUGACUCAGAAUCUGAUACUCUUUUGUCAGGCGAUGAAGAAAUUUUAAGCUUCAGUGCGCCCAACGGAGGUGGCGGUGGUGGUGGUGGAGGUGGUCAUGGUAUAGGCAGUAGCCGUUCGGUUAUGGGACGCCACUAUCACCACACCCAUCCAGCUCCUUUCCAUCACCAUCAACAUCAUCACGCAUAUCUGCAGACGACGCCGAUUGCGGACGGAUCGUCAAUAGUACAGCCCACGGUCGGCAGCGGUGGUGGCAGUGGUGGAGGUUCUUCUUCCCUACUAACCCCGCUUGACAUGGACACGGCAAUCAUACUGACUUCCACGCGGACAUCACCCGGACCCACGAACCGGCAAAGCACAGUUCAACAGCGCACCAGUGUCAUUAACAUUUAAGAAUGAAACACUUAUAUCCACAUAUCGUUCCGUGUACUAACACAAGCGUUGCAAUAUGUUUCCGACGAAACGUAGACAAAGGUAAAGGGGCGAAUGGUCACCUGAACACUGUUUCGUAAACGUUUCCAAUCACGCCGUUACUAAGAAGAUUGCCACAUUAGGACCAUUUUCCUGUGUUACAACAUUACGUACCUUGAAGAAACGCAUUCAAACUACAAAGUCUGAACAAUUAACAUUAUAGAAACCCCCCACUGAUACCUACGGCAUCCCAAAGAAGCCAGCAGAUCAGCAGUAAUGUUACUAAAAGAUGAAACAAGAAAAGGCAGUGGAAAUGGUUUGAUAUUUGUGCGAAUGACUGGAGGUAGUUCGGAACUGCCUCACGUUUUGCUGUUGUUGAUUGUUGUUUACCGUUGAUAGGACAGAUGAACGUCUGCAGAUAGUAAUGCUUUGUUGAUCUAGCCAGGGUUGCAUCCGUAAACUGGCAAACCGUGUAGAAAAUUGUGAUAAAGAGUGAGGAAUAUAAUUACAAGAUUCGCAAAUUCGUCCAAGCGCCUUUCAUCAGAGGAAAUCCAUUAAGAUACUGUGGGAUUGAUCCAAGCAACUGCCAGUGAACCUGUGCCUGCAGUGUGUGGUGUACGUGUUGAGAAAGUUUCGUAGAAUGGUAAAAACGAUUUGCUCACAUGAUAUUCGGUGGAGGAGAAAUCUGUACUAUAGCCUAAGUCUCAGCCGUUGAUGACGAAUUGUUUAGUGGCGAUCAGAGAGAAUCAGUUUAAAUGCUUCCAUUACGAAAGAAGAUAAAAAAAAGAAACAUAAACCUCCGAUGAGAACUGAAAAAAAGACAUUUUCCUGUUGUAAAGAAUGAAUGCGAACGAUAAAAUGUGUGAUCACUACACAAUGGAUAAUGAAAUAAACUUUAAAGAGGCAUGCACUGAGAGAAGCUAAGAGAGGGUAAUGGGAAGAAAAGCAGAAAGCGAUAAAAUGCAUACGGAAAUGGUUCGCCUACGCCUUUUAAAUAUUUAAGUACGCAACAAUGAGAAGUAGUAGCAAGCAAUAGGAGUGGGAAAUCGAGACAACGAAAUAUGGCCAGGGAUGAGAAAAACUUACUAUUAGAAGGGAACUAGCAGCAGUGCAGUUGCGUUUUACCUUAGCUGUCCCUGCUGGUCAUUAAUAUAUACAUAUACACACACACACACGCGCUACUAUUAAUGUUCUAUUUUAUACAUAAUUAUACAACGAGUAGCAAUUAAGGUGAAAGUGGGCGAAAACUGUAGGCUACAUAUUAUGUAUACAAACAAGGAAUCGAAAACAAAAUACAACGAAUUGGAACGACAAAGCAUCAUUGUACGGCGUGUAUCCCCUUCUCAAUCACGAGAUGACACGUCUGUUCGCUUGUAUAUGGAUGGAGAAAAAUAAAGGAAGCUAGUGAAUUUUUAUACACAAGAA